AUGGAGGAGACUGUCAAAGUUUAUCUGCGAUUCAGGCCCACGAGCGGACCGCAUGCUGAUUAUGAAAUAAAUGACAACUCGGUCAGGAUAGACUCUCCGCAACCAUUAAAGCAAAUUCGGGGUGGAAAUACAACUGUAACACAAGCAACAACUUAUACAUUUGACAGAAUAUUUGGUAUAGAGGCAACUGAAGAAGAAAUUAAUUUACAUAUUGUUGCAAAUGCCCUCAAUUAUGUAAUGUCUGGUCAUAAUUCUUUGAUACUAUGUUGUGGUCAGACAGGAGGUGGGAAAACAUACACAAUGAACGGAAUAACGUUGGGUUUUUUUGAUAUGAUUUUCCAAGAGAUAGAGAAGGCGGACGAGAAAAUGCUGUAUACUAUAGGCUUGUCCUAUUUUCAGAUUUAUAAUGAUGAAGUAGGUGACCUACUUAAAGUGGCCAAUCAACCUAUAAUCAGAGAUUCGGGCGUGAUUGAAGGACUUGAAAAGAUAUAUGCAGGAUGCAAAGAGGAUAUAUUGGAGGUGCUAGAGAUAGGUAGUAUGAAUCGCAAAUUAGCAGACAGUAAGCAGUACAAAAUGGGCUCGAAAUCACACACUAUUCUUCGAAUCGAAUUUUCUGUCGACGAUGGAGAAAUUGUACGUGAGAGUACACUAUUUCUAGUUGAUCUGGCUUCUCCUAAGAAGAUAAAUAGGUGUUUUGCAUCAAUUGAGGAAAAACUCACUAUCGAUCCUUCAUUCUCAGCACUAAAAAGUGUUAUAAACAACUUGGCAGCUCAAGGAAACGAAGAUCCAUACAGAGAUUCAAAACUGACAAGGAUUUUACAAGAUUCCUUGGCUGCACAUACGAAGAAAUUCAUCAUAAUUACCUGUUCUCCUGAUUCAAGAUAUUUUAAUGAAACUGUGUCGUUUUUUCAACUUUUGCAGAGAUUGAAGCAAGUCGAUAAUUAUGUUAAUAAGAAGGAUCUAAUCAGGAAGGAACCUGAAAAUUGGAAAUCAAAAUAUUUUGAUGCUUUGAAUAGGAUAGUAGAAGUGGAAGCACAAAUAGAGAGCCUAUUACAUUUGGAUAGAAACUGUACUGACUUAUGUGAGUUGAAGGAUGAAAACUUGAUUUUUAAGAAAGAUUUGUCAGUGUUAAUGUCCUCGUUUAAUGAUCACACGACGAAGUUGGGGAACACACUACCAUCUUCCUCAUUGUGGGCUUUAACAUCACUUAGGAAGGAGCUAGAUGUUUAUAAACGACUAUUGGUCUCCAAGACCGACGAGAUAUUAUACUUAAGAAGUCAAAUUAAUCGAAACAGUAAUGGUGACGACAUCACAAAGGAGCUUACAAGUACUAUUCAACGGCAGAAUGAGGACAUACUGGUACAAAUUAAGCGUGCAGAGAAACAGUUAUGGGACAGCGAAGAGAAGUACAAGCUGGCUAACGACAAAUGGACUGAACGAAAUCAAAUGGUUGAAUUGGAGCAGUUGCAGAUAGAAUCAAAGCUCACCAAUUUAGGAGAGAGACUGCGAAGUAUACCGAAGGAAAGCAAGACCCAAACAAGCAAGGGAUUGAAUUUGAGUAUUUUAAAACAAUGA